AUGUUUAAUAUUCCAUUCCUGUGGGAAAUUUUCCUCUCAAAUGGUGCAAACAUAAAUGUAAGAACAGCUCUUUUUGUUUUUGAAGCUAAUAAUAAUAACUUACAUAGUGAAACUAUCGAGAAAAAAGCUGAGGAAGGAAUAACUGCCCUUCAUUAUGCAGCAAUUAAUAAUAGUCAAGAAACAGCCAAAUUUCUUAUAUCUCAUGGUGCAAAUAUCAAUGAAAAAGCUGAGAAAGGAAAAACUGCUCUUCAUUAUGCAGCAAUUAAAAAUAGUAAAGAUACAGCCAAAAUUCUUAUAUCUCAUGGUGCAAAUAUCAAUGAAAAAGAUGAUGAAGGAAGAACUGCUCUUCAUUAUGCAGCAAUUAAAAAUAGUCAAGAAACAGCCAAAAUUCUUAUAUCUCAUGGUGCAAAUAUCAAUGAAAAAGAUGAGAAAGGAAAAACUGCUCUUCAUUAUGCAGCAAUUAAAAAUAGUAAAGAAACAACAAAACUCCUAAUCUCACAAGGUGCAAAUUUCAAUGAAAAAGAUGAUGAAGGAAUAACUGCCCUUCAUUAUGCAGCAAUAAGGUCAAAUUCCCGACGAUAG